AUGACGCUGCAGGAGUUUUCGUACCUCGAAAACCGGGUCUUUGCGCGCGCCUCGGCGCGCGCGGCUCAGCCGGCGCUUUCGAGGUUCGAGGAGCUGGGAGACGAGAUACGGGUCGAGGGGGCUCGCUUGGGGGCGCUCGAGUUCAAGGCGAAGGAGGCUUUUCUAGCGCGGAGCGGACUUAGCGGCCAGGCGUUGGAGGCCGAGGAGAUGCGGAAGGCGGGCAAGCGUGCAGCGGAGGCGGCGCGCUGGGCGAUUGCGCUUGAGAGGGAGGUGUGGGUUGACGGGGAGUGCCGGGGUGGGCGUCGUAAGGGUGAGGGCGAUUGCCGCCCUCCCCCCUUCGCCCACCUCGACGCCUUCGUGUAG